GACUGGCCCACUGGCGGCCCAUCCUCUCCCACAUGCGUCAGGCGGUGUGGACCGCCAUGUCGGACCCCGAGUCCUCGCGCACCGCAUUCGCCAUAUCGCUGCUGAUCAUGUGCUCCAUCCUGCUCUCCACGCUGGCCUUCUGUCUGGACACCGUGCCCGCCUACAGCCGCGAGCGCCACCCCGCAGCCUCGCGCGUGUUCAGAGUGGUGGAGGCGGUCACGGUGCAGGUGUUUGCAGCGGACUAUCUGGUCAGGCUGCUGACCUGCCCCCGCCGUCUUCCCUUCCUGGUGUCGCCCCUCAACGUGGUGGACCUGGUGUCGGUGGCGCCCUGGUACAUCCAGACGGGGCUGCAGGACAGCGGCAUGGAGGGCACGACUGUGUUCCGGGUGCUGCGACUGCUGCGGGUCUUCCGGGUGCUCAAGCUGGGGGCCAGGUACCGCAAGCUGAUGGUGGUGUGGGCGGCGCUGUCGCAGUCGCUGGACGUGCUGGUGCUGAUGGCGUUCCUGGUGGCCAUCAUCGUGGUGGGGGCAGCCAGUCUGGCGUACUGGGCGGAGAGGGGCACGUACGACGAGUCAGCGCAGGCCUGGGUGCGCUACGUGGGCCCCGAGGGAGAGGCGGUGGUCAGCCCCUUCGAGAGCAUCCCCGCGGGCUUUUGGUGGGCCAUGGUGUCCCUCAUGACGGUGGGCUACGGGGAUGUGGUGCCGCUGACGCUGGGGGGGCGGCUGGUGGGCAUGGCCACCAUGCUGUGCGGUCUGCUCGCUAUCGCGCUGCCAGUGGCUGUCAUGGGAACCAACUUCAGUGCCGAAUGGGCCGCAUACAGCCGCAAAAACAGGGCCAAGCGCCGACAGCAGCAGCAGCGCCGACAGGCCGCCGCCACCUCCUCCGCCGCCUCGCUGCUGCUGCUGGGGCUGAGCGGCACCGGCAGUGGCGGCAGCAACAGCGGCGGCGGCGGCGGCUCCAGCGCUGCGUCAACCAGCGGGGGUGCGGCAGCUGGCUACUCCUUUGCAAAGGCCCUCGCCGCUGCUGCUGCCGCCCGGAGAGCGGGCCUGCUGAACCGUACCUCCAACAUCUCCUCCAACGUAUCUGGAGGUAGCGGGGGCUACGGUGGCGGCAGUGACGACCGCAGCGUUCGAAGCGGCUUCGGGCUGGGCAGCGGCUUCAGCGGCGGGCUGGUGGGGGGCAACACCCACACGGCUCGUUUCGCUGCGCUGUUGGCGGUGGGCGGUGGCGUGCUGCCGCCCUCCUCCGCCGCCGGAGCUGUGGCUGCCGCUGCGGCUGCGGGCACCUCCCCCCGGGUGGAGGAGCUGGGGGAGGUGCUGGCGGCGCACUGCUUGACGGUAGCGGAUGUGCAGGAGAUGAUGCAGGAGUCUCUGACCAAGCUCACCACCCUGCGUUCCGAGUGGCGAGAGGCCUCCGAGCUGCGACACGCGGAGUUGGCUGCCGUACUAGCCAGGUACGCGGCAGCGGCUGCCGUACAGCAACAACGGGAACAGGAGGAGCGGGAACAGGAGCGACGAGAGCAGCAGCAGCAGGGGCGGCAUGGAGGGGGGCACGGGCACGGGCACCACGGGGAGGAGGGCAGGGGGCGAUCCUGGCUGGGAAGACUGGUGACGAGGGGGCGACGAGAGGGCAGCAGCAGCAGCAGUAGCAGCAGUAGUACUGAUAGUGAAGAGGGCAAGGGAGGCAGGAAGGAUGGAAGCCGCCGCCGCCGCCGCAGCAGUAGCAGUAGCAGUAGCGGAGACAGCAACAAUGGGGGCCAGCAUCAGCAUCAGUCUUGGCUGGAACGACUGGUAUCCCGACGACAAGGGAGCUCUAGCAGUAGCAGCAGCAGCAGCAGUGGGAGAAGCAGUGGUGGUGAGGCGAACCGACGACAGCAGCCGCAGCGGGGGCAGGGGCAGCAAGAGGAGCCUCAAUUCUGGCUGGGGCAAUUCGUCUCCAAGCGGCAACGGGAGGCACCGGCGGCGGCAGCGGCGCAGCCACCCCAGCAGCAGGAGC